UCCACAAGUGGCAUAGUAGCACAUUAUGUUUUCAGUGCAAAGCUUGUGGUGGAAAAUCUGGUCCCGGAUAAGUGUGCUUAUAAAUUCUAUUUCCAAGGCCAAGUUUUGGUACACCAAACAUAAGCAAGAAUGUAUUGGAGAGACUGAAGAGGAAGAUAGCUUUGGAGAUGAUUUUGGAAACUCUUGGGAGUCUCUUCCAGAAGGCUACCAGCUUAUAUGCAAACCAUCAGCUCUUGCCCAAUGGCUGCUUAAAGAUAUUCAGCGCUUAGUCCUUGAGCCAACACACUGGUGGUGGAGUUGUUGGCCAAACCUUCAGACCUUUAUUCAACACCUCAUUCCACCGGAUAAUCCUUUGGAGUUAGCCAGGGAAUACCUGCAGCUCUCAGAUGGUGGUAUCAUUGCUUUGGACUGGGUUGUGCGACCAAGACAUAUUGCAAAAACAAGAAGGGGGACAAAUGUUACAGAUAACCCCCCAUUACUCCUGGUUAUUCCGAACCCUUUUGGAAAGCUUACCAGAAACAUUCUCAACCUGUGCCUACUUGCAUUAGGAAAAGGCUACUAUCCAAUAAUUUUUAACAGACGUGGGCAGAAUGACUGUCCGCUUACAACACUUAGACUACAGGAUUUUGGGGAACCUAGAGAUCUAAAAGAAGCUGUAAAUUAUAUUUGUUUUAAACAUCCAAGUUCUAUGCUAUUCGCUGUAAGUGAAGGACUUGGGUCUGGGCUGCUGUUGUCUUAUCUGGGAGAAUAUGGCUCAUCUAGUUCAAUGACCGCUGUGUCCUGCAUUUCACCAGUGUUUCGCUGCCAGGAGUGGUUUGAAACUGGACUACCAUGGUUUUAUGAAUGGCCUCUGCUGCUUUAUCAGAAAGCAAAUCUUAACAGAUAUUUUACUGCUUUAGGAGAAAUUCUAUCCACCAGGCAACUAUUUGGAAGCAACUCUCUAAAAGAGCUUCAUGAGACAUUACAUUGUCAGUGUGAGAAUAGGAAAGUGAGCUGGGACAGCUAUUGGGAACAUAAUGACCCUUUGCGUGACGUGGAUGAAGUUGCAGUCCCAGUAUUAUGCAUCUGUAGCAUGGACGAUCCUAUCCGAGGAUCACCGCAGACUACGCUCCCUAUUGAACUUUUUAGAACCAACCCUUACUUUUUACUCCUUUUAACACAUUAUGGAGGUCACUGUGGCUUUCUUAGAGAAUCAAACGUAGCAUGGAGUCAUGAUGUUACAUUAGACUAUUUUCGAUCCAUAACAGAGUUUUUCCGUACAGAAGAGAAGAAAAAGUGGUUCACACGACGAAGGAGCUCAAACCUGAUGACCAGACGGAGAAGGCCCACGCUGCAAAGACAAGAAACCGCUGUUUAUAAAGAUCUUGAAGAAGAGAUUUUUAGCUGGAAAAGGUCAUACACCAGGUGAAAGUACAAGUCAUAUUGGACAAUAUAAUAAACAAAUACAUAACAAAUGUUAUAAAGAGAAUCUGCAGACAACGGGAGAGAUUAAUCAACCUCGUAGAGAGAAAAUGUGGAGCAUUGCAAUCAUCUAGCUGCUUUCCUUCUUCAAUAGCCUUUAUUAGGGUAGGGUCACAUGUGCUAUAUUUUGCUGUGUAUUUUCUGCAACCAAUUUUGCUACCUGAUGACUUCAACAAGUAGGAAAAUAUGCAGCAAAAUACAGGUGGUGUGACCCUAUCCUUAAAAAUAAAAGAAUCUGAUUGGCAACUGCCCCAAAUGCAUUCUCUCUCCCUCCAUGUCUUUAUAGGGACACCAUUUUAUCUAUUAAAUGUGAUAUCACCUUAUUUGUUUUUACUAAAUAAAACUUGAUUAGAAAACAAUUCAGAUGUUUUCAUAUUGAUUGCAUAUUUUUAUUUCAUGUUAUUAACCUCAGUGAGAAAAUUUCUUCCUUGAGACAUCACUGUAAGAACUCUCUGACACAUGUAGAGGUCACUUCCACUAUAGAUACAGAGCUGAUCCCUCCCCGACUGUGCCGUGACUACUGUUGCCUUGCUUCUCAGCUCUGCAGAUGUCAUGGUCCCCCAUGACUGGUUGCCGGUAGCUACCUAUUUCACUUGUUUUCUUUGCGGGUACCAGCUUACAGUUUCUGCCCAUACCCAUCUUUACCUGUAUAGUCCCUGCUCCUCCCUGGAGCUAGUGGGGUUUUGUUAAGAUUGCGUGACUGUAAAGGCAAUGAAUGCAGCAGAAGGUGGGGGGUCAUGUUUUUUAUGAACAGUCCAGGGAUUUGUUGCAGAAAUACAGUCAUGGCCGUAAACGUUGGCACUAGGGAUCGACCGAUUACCGGUAUGGCCGAUAUUAUCGUCCGAUAAUCAC